AUGAAAAGUAUAACUGCUUUGGCGUUUAUUCUAGUAUUGCUUUCAGGUGACUGCAAAAAUGAUGCUAAGAAACGAGUCAUCAAGGGCUGUGGGGACUUCUGCUGUAAAAAUGCUAGCACCAUAAACCUGACUGAAGCUUUAACAACAUGCUGUGAGGAGGCUAAAGAUUGCCUUUUGCCAAACCAGUUUUACAACGUUUCCUGCAGGAAGCAGAUAAUGGAUUGGUGCCUAAAAAACCAAGCAAAUACCAGCGCAAUAAAACAAAUACGAACUGUAUGUUGCAGAAACGAUUUUACCUGCCCAGAAAAUAAUUCUGUAACACAAAGAAAAAGUUGCACAAAACGACUCGACGAAAUUAGAGUCAAAUGGAAAGAAGUGAACUUUAAAACGAAGUACGAUCUAGUCCAAGAGGCAUGGAAAAAAGAAACUUGGUCAUUUUUCCUGAAAAUGGCGUCACAAAAGUGCCUAAAGAAAUUACCUGACGGAAGGCGUUCGGUUAUAAUUUGGUACCCCUACUACACUAACGAUAAAAGCGAGACUGUGUUUGGCUAUGAGUCUCCACCUGCAUACCUGGCAGAGCAAAAGCAGUCUUUCACCAUGUUUACGGUGGUCCGUUCCACUUUCAGCCGAAUGUGGGUAACACUGUUCCUAUGUGUCGUCUGGAGUUUGAUAUCAGGAGUUUUCAUAUGGCUAAUGGUGAGUAAAUACCUCGGUUUCGUAUAUUUAAAUGUGGUUUUUUAUUUAGUGUGCGGCAUGCAGGAAAUGCGAUGUUCGGGCUAACUAUCCUCCGAGUCUGACUGGCUGAGCUGAAAGCGAGAUAAUACCUAGUUAAGGUGUUUUGAUACAGUUUCUCGGAGACCAUACUGACGUUUUUCACAAAAAACUUUAAAAUCGAUUAAAUCCGGAUUUCGCGCGAUCUAGACCUGCUACUGAAAAUCCGACACCAGGAUCUUAAAGUGCGAUGUUUAACGAAUAACCUUCGUGAGAAUUAAAAAAAUCUGUAUUCUUGAAUUUAAAUAACACGGAAUCCACCAGCAAAUUGGGCAAUUUAAAUUUUCAGUCGGACAAAAAUCUUGUACCAGAAUAAUAUAAAGAAUAUUGCAAUUUUUUUACUUUUUACAAGGGGUAAAGAUGUCAGUAAUAAGUCUUAUAUUUUCAGUGGCCGUGAUAAAAUGUUUAAUAAAAAAGUUCUAAAUACUGAACUCAAAGUAAUCUUAAGUAGCGUCAGAAGGCUGCUUUAUAUCAUAUUUCGAAGCAUGGAAAUUUUGGUUUUUUUCCUUUCUUGGGAUCCUGAAAACUAACCUGUUUUCUCACCACCUGUCUAAGUGCAACUUUAUUCUAAAUUUUGACUUUUAGUGCUUUUCUGUAUAUCUCCAAAACGGCUGGACAGAAUUCUUCUUAAACCUUAUCACAUAAUCUUCAUGGUGUAUAUAUUAAUGUCUGAAACUUUCAUUGAGAUUGAUUCACUGCAACGCCUUGAAAUUUCAAGACGAAUCUAGCCUAGGAACCGACCAAAAAUCCGAGUUGCCACAUUCACUGUUUUGACGUUAUGCUAAUUUUUCCAAAUUUUAAUGCAAACCAUGCAUACCUCCAAGGCUAGUAGUAGAUAAUGUCUAAAAUCUGCAUUUUGAGUAGCCUUUAUAGCAGGAACAUGUUCCAGCUGAUGUCGGUGUUUUCGUGACGGCCCCAAACGGUUUUUUCCGCUUUUCAUUCUGUUUGCUUGAGCCUCCUUUCUUCAGUAGAGCUCAUCAUUUUGUUUUUCUUUCUUUACCAAGUGUAUCCCAAAACUAUCAGUUUACCCUACUAUUACUUUUUUCUUUAGUCUAGGUUUUGGGUGACGGGAAAAAAAUUGUUAUUAUUGAUUGUAUUUGAUUUAUAAUCAGGAUCAUAGAGCGAACCAGCGCCAGUUUCCCUCGUCUUUUUGGGAAGGAGUUCGUGAAGGAGCCUGGUGGGCACUGGUGACGAUGACGACUGUUGGGUAAGUAGAAGGAGUACUGUCACGUGAUUUGAGUAGGAAACUCUAAUUUGGUUCCAACAGUUUAAACAUAAAAUUGCCCCAGUCGCGUUUAGUAAUUCAUACGAGGACGGAUCAGGAAGUUCUGUCACCAAGAAAAGUCCUAAGUUCUCCAAGAAAAAGGGUUCUUCAUUCUUAUGCUUAUAUUUAGACCUCAGUAACAGAUAAUCGUUUAGGAAAUUUAGUGCUAAUAUAAAACCCGUAUGGAAUUUGUCAGGUCCUUUACAUGCUGAUUUAGUUGCGACAAGGAGCCUUUAAGGGAGAAUUUUCGUUUCUAUAUUUACACUCGUUAUAAAUUAGGUUUCCUAGCAAGCCUGUCCAUGAAGACCUUGUGACGGUUUAUGGAGACCUUUCACCUUCCUUUCGCACAGUUGCGAUAUGGAUUCAGUAUUUUACUGAGAGAGCGUUGUAGAUGAACCAGAUGCUGAGAGGCCACGGACGUCGGUGAUCGACAGUUUUGUGGAGAAAGCCGAAGAAUUAAUAGCAGAAGACCCAACUAUAACACUCAGAUUCUUAGCCUUGGAACUUGGUGUAAGCUGCGGAAGUCGGCACAUGCUAUCGUCCACGAGCAGCUUGGUUGGUCCAAAAGGUGCGCAAGAUGGAUCGCCCACCAGUUAACAACAGAACAGAAGGAACAAAGGGUGACAAUCUGCCGCAAUUUCUUGCAACUAUUUGAACCAGAUGGCCUUUAGAGGUUUUCUGAUGUUGUUACGGGUGACGAAUGUUGGAUUUCUUUCUUCACUAUGAAAGAUAAACAAUCUAACACGGUGUGGGUGGCCGAAGAUGAAUCACACCCGAAGGUCCUAAAAACAGGUUUCCGUUCAAGAAAGAGAAUGUUCACCAAUUUCUUCAAUACUCAGGGGCCUGUUGUUGUCGACAUGAUGCCCCAACAAAGCUACAACCACUGCCGCAUAUUACACAACUACUUCAGUUUUACCAAAAGUUCUUCUUCAUAUUCAGUCCACGGCACAGACUCGACGUCGGUCUCGAAUCCAGUUGCAUCACGACAACACAGUUCCCCACAAAGCUCGCAUUACACAGACGUACCUUGAUGACAAUGGUAUCCAUUUGAUGGAACAUCGAUCAUACUCACCCGACUUGGCUUCGUGCGAUUUCUGGCCCUUUCCAAAAGUCAAAUCAGCCCUCGCUGGGAGGCAUUUUUCAAAGAUCCAAGACCUUGCUCAACCUGUGCAUGCAGAGAUGAGAGCCAUACCUGCUUCAGAGUACCAAGAAUGCUUUCAGAAGUGCAGGAUGAGGAUGCAGCGAUUUAUAGAAGUCGAGGGAAGCUACUUUGAGGGAAUGUGACUGUAAUUCUUGAAAUUGCAGGUGAACCAUAGGGGAUAUAAGUUAAAUGACAGAACUUCUUGACCGGCCCUCGUAAAAGCAUUUACACGAACGAAUUACAUUACACUUUAAGCCAAACUAAAGGAUAACCAUUUCAGCGGAAUACUUAACAUUCUGCGACAUUGAAGACAUGAUCUCAGUGGAUUCCUAAAAGCAAUUACCCUUAGUGAGGAUAACACAAACAGGAACUAGAUAAUUAGAAGACUUUGUGUUGAGUCAUGCAUUACAAGGGUGUGAGACCACGCGACUUAUGUAAUAUUGAAGGUCUAAGUAUCACUGGAGCGCUAUUUCCGCAUAUCGAGAUUCACCAGGUGAUCUGGAGGUCUCCAAAAGGGAGGAAAUUAAAAAUGGCCAUAUUUUAGUAAAGGGCUGCAUGACAAUAUCUAUAUUGGACGCGAGAAUAAUGAGGGUAUGAUGGGGUUAAAACUGGAUAAAAUCUAAAUUUGGCGAGGAAUGGAGAGAAGACGCCAGAGAAAGGGGAAAGGUUUGAAGUACGUAAGCUGCAGAUUGGAAAGCUCACUAGGAGUUCAAAGUUGACUGUGAGGAACGGAUUCCAAGUGUAAGGGUAUAUAUGUGACCGACGGCACAUUCUCGAAGCAUACAGAGGAUAUGCAAAGAGGAUUUUUGGGAAGACGAGGAGACCGAGCAAACGACCAUGAAUCGUUGAUGAAACGUCAGAAAUAGUUAAGAAAAGGAGAGAGAAAAAGAAAGUACCGAGGUUGCAUUAUGGCAUUCCAAAUUCAAGGAUUUACGUGAGAAUACUAACAAAGAAACUGAGAGAUGAAGCAGCCAUUGCACAGACUGCAGAGGGCACUAGGUGCUUUUCAAGGUCGGGUGAGAAUGACAGCAUAGUAGCUGCUCUAAGCUGGAGGUGUUAGGGUUGAAGAGCAAGAAGAAGUGCGAAAGGAAGACCGUUGACGACUUUGAAGGGGACUGUUCUGUGGAGAGCGGCAGGAAUAAAGCAGGUCGGAUGAGCAAGAGUAUGGCCAAGAGUAGAGAAGAUUAUCGACACAAAAAGGACGACUUGCACAGAAAGCAUGGCGGCGUUAUUAUUGAAUGAAACGAAAAGACAUGACCAGAUGACGACGAUUAUAACUUGAACAUGGAUUCCUGUCAAGAGCUGCACAUUCCCUCAAUCUGUGUUGCAGGUGUAACUGUUGUAAGAAACUAAUGGCAAACGUUCAGGUGACAUUAUCCCAUAAUAUGCGUCAAAGAAUAAUAUUAAAAAAGUAAUCUUGCCUCUAUAGCAAACAAUGCUUACGAGCUCAAGACCGGUACCUUGGUAUGGCUAUUGUAAUUAUUCGUUGACUUGCUACGUACACACAUGCAGUAUUGAAUGUCUUUCCCUUUGUCUCCAGAUAUGGAGAUAAGACUCCCAAGUCUCUACCGGCUCGUAUUUACUCCGCCUUUUGGAUGAUUUUUGGCAUGAUAAUUCUAUCAAUGUUUACUGCUGAAGUUACAUCUGGAAUGACGUCUAAAGAAUUGGUGCCUCUUAAUGCAUUUCUGGGGAAAAAGGUAAGAUUUCCUCCCGCCUAACAUAAUUGUGGACACGAGGAAUGAUAAGGUGGAACGGUAGAUCCAAAACGCUUAAACAGCUUCUUAUGCCUGUUAAAGCUUUCCAUAUCAUUAGCUGAACGGAUCGAAGAUGACAAAACAGUUUUAACAAACAUAAAAAACAGAGAAUAUCGAUAACAAAAUUACCUUUCAAUAACCCCCAUCUUAUCCUCUCACCAUACAAACGGCUGCAAAAUUUUGAGACUUUGGGGAGCUUUAUCCUUGCCAAACGAUUAGAAACAAAACUUGUGAAAAACCGUCUAGGUUGUAUUGUAUUCGUUUUUUUUUGCCUUUUCUUGAAGAGCCUCUGCUUCCAUGUAGGGCCUGGCCCUCAGUGCUAGAAAGUUUCCUCUUUUGGUCACAAAUAUGUUAGAGACACUUUUGAAGGGCUUGUAGUAUUAGAAACGCCGGUCAUCCCACAAUUCCUGUCUUAAGAUUAAAGCCCAAUUCAAUUUUAGGGAGAAGCCUAUUUACCCAGAAAAUUUAAUUGCUGCCUUUUAUGCUAUCAUGAGAAACGUUAAAGUUUUCUCAGAAACUUAAUCUCAGUAUUGCUCAACAAAUAUAUCCUAAAUGUAAAAUCAUAACUAUACCUCAAUACUAGGUUGCAGUUCCUUUUUAUGGCAAGCGUUACUUUGGAGAAGAACUUAGAGGAGCAAAGAUAAUAGGUACUGUAAUCUAGAGAUGAUUAAUUUUGUGAUGACCUGGUGGUAGUAAUAUUCCAUUACCUAAAUUCAGUUUGCCAAUACACCUUAAAUUCCUCCUUCCCUCAAUAUAUCCAGACCUUACGGAAACGUAGUAUGUCGUAUCAUGGCCCGGAAACAAUUGUUUUGAUUUAUGUUAAAGUUCCUAAAGAACCCCUGCGUGACGUGUACCAAGAAAUCAUGACAGACCCUGUAAAAGUCCGUAAAACACGACUAGACAUACUCGUUCCUGCUGCCCGCUUUAUCGGUAAAAUGAGUCACGCCGCCUUUUCUUGGAACCUAGCUUGACCUAAUGUAAGUCCCUCGUCAUUAUCUGAUGUUGCCUAAUGUUACAGUUAACAACAUCUGCACUAAUGUGUAACGCGUUUCAGAGAUAAAGUCCAACGGAAGUUUGACCAAGCACUUGCUAGAAGGAACUCGUGAAAUAGAGAGAAUAGUUUUUCACGCCUGUGAAGAACUUGAUGCCAACACAUUCGAAAAGCUCCAGUUUGUACGGGCAUUGACGAAGCACUACGUUGGAAUUCGAAUAUUUACUAAGCCAAAAAAGUUUGGUUCUUCCUUGGUGGAUUGUGUCAAGAAAAUGGUGAAAGAACAUCACAGCGGAGAUGAAUCCAAUGAUAAAGAAGCUCCGGACUGCGAAGACAACUCCAAAAUUGAGAUAACCGAAUAUGGUUCAAGAAAAGGCUUUGACUAUCGAGACAUAAUCAGCAUUAUCAUGUACGUUUCUUUUGGUAUUGUUGUGUUGAUGUUUGUGGCAGGCAGUGCAUGGGAUUUCAUGAAGACCAGGAAUCUUCCCAGAAAAGACGAAGGUAAGAAAAAGAUUUUGAUUCAAGAUCACAAUUAUUCUCGUCUCAGGUAAACAACCCGGUGGGGGGUGGGGACUCCGCAUAUGAAAGUGGUGGGGAUGCUCGUCGUCUCGCGUAGGGGUGUAAAUUUCGGAUUUUGGUCUCAUUUAGGGUGUUCUGGGCAAAACACCAUCAUAUUUAGCCGUGAAGGUCUCGUCUAUAGUUGCACGCCAAAAAAUAUAAAGAUAUAUAUAUUGCCUGUUUUUCAACAUGGUCUCUUUUACGGGUCAAAAAAUCUUGGGCCCCGCCCGGAUCGGUCUCCUUUAGGGGCUUAAUUCAAAAUUUCCGACGAGCAUCGCCAUCCCUUUCAUAUGCGGAGUCCCCCCCAGGAGUAAACAAUAAGAUACGUAGAAUGGGCAAAUGGUAAUGAGCUGUUCGACUGUUAGUCACGUAAGCCCUUUCCUGGCUUCCAACGCUCAUGCAUUUUUUCGCUUUACUAGGCAACUUUGGAGACCACGGGGGCGUAGAAAUGAAUGCGAGAGAAGAACAAAUAGAAAUCAGAGUGAUUAAAGAAGACAAAGAUGGGAGAAGAAGCUUGAAAGCCACAACAACAAGUUUCAACAAGUUAGUGGCAGAGCCAUAAUCUGGACCUCGAACCAUUACAUGGUUGAAAUUGGUUUUUCUCUCCUAGGAACGGACC